GAAACACCAAGUUGGAAUUUGUUUAUAACCUUGGAUUUUUAUAUGGUGGCUGCUGUCGGGGCAAGCUUGCAUCACAUGUAGAAUGAUCAGACUUAUAUUAAGCACGUCUAAUUAACUUCUCACUGUCAUUUUCAAACAUUUUUUCUAAUUUUUUAUUAUAACCGUAAAGGUCACAACCAGAUGUGACAAAAAAUGUGAAAGGUAUUUCUUUGAAUAACUCUGAGAAACAUUUUGACUUCAUAAUCAGUGGCAGAGCUGCAUCUAAGUUUCAGACUUCCCAACUCAAAAUCGAACCAGUAUAUUAACCUUCUAUUGGUUGUGCUUCAUUAAUGCCAUGAGGAAAAGACAGAAAAAAGAAAAAAACAAUGAUCUUAUUUUCGUAUUAGGCAAUCGCCAUCCUUUAAGCCAGUUCUCUCUUUUUCUCUAAUGCUUCUUACUGUUUUAUUCUUCGAUACCAGUCAUCAAUGCUCUACUUAAAACUUUUGACCGACAUUAAUUGUUAAUCACAAACAUGAGCCCAAUAGUCACACAAUGAGACAACAUGUUUCUCAAUCCUCUUUGAGGUUGAUGGGAAGUAACAUAUUAUUUCAAGCAUGUGAUUAGAACAAACAUUUAACAAGUCCUCACAUGCGUUUGUGAUCAAAACAAGUAUUUAACAAGUCCUCACAUGCGUUUGUGAUCAAAACAAAUAUUUGACAAGUCCUCACAUGCGUUUGUGAUCAAAACAAAUAUUUAACAAGUCCUCACAUGCGUUUGUGAUCAAAACAAAUAUUAACAAGUACACUACCAUUCAAUUUUAGGGUGAGCUUCACUAUCUAAGCAAGAGGUCGAGCCUCUUUUCUUCUCCUUUUGCUUUCGGGAUAUGGAGUUGCUUAGAGAUGUAAGUAAACUUAUAGUUACUCUUUUAAUUUGAGAGUAGGGUAUGUCACCGUUUACGGUUAAAAAAAUACUGCAUCCGAAUAUACUGUAAUUAUAGGGAUUCCAAAUCGGACCUUUUUUUCACGGGUCACCUCGCUGCCCAGUUGUACCAUCCGAGCCAGUACAGUACCAUGCAAUUAUUGGCAAACUUUUUUGACGGGAAAAGAAAAAAGUUCAAAGAAAGAAAGAAAUGAAAAAGAAGUAUUGUUUUUCCUUGAACGCAGAUUGCAGUUGAUGUAAUAUGAAAAAUCCUGAUGAACCGACGUAAGAAAAAGCAUGGUGAGACUCCAAAAUAAAUUAUUUUAGACCGUUUCGAGUGAAAUCGCGUAUGUAAAAAUGUGCCUGUGCGCCUGUCCGUGAGAUGAAAUAUGUCGGUACCGUUAUUCUGCGAAUACUAACGGCCGUAUUCUGCCUACUUUUCUCCGUGGUAUUGCUUUGUAAGGAGCACCAGUGGUCCAGCGUUCACCGUAAAGCGCCGUAUACAAGUUCUGUUGCAGAAGAAAAAAAAGCGGAGUUUGGAGAAGAAGAAUCGAUGGAGCGCGCUGCCUUGGCCCCGAGGGGAUCGUGUUUCGCCGGAAUACAGAAACCUAUUUCCCGUACGGUGGGGAGCAACUGCCUGAGUCCGAAGAUUCCUCAAAUUGGGGUUCCCUCAAAGGUAUCGAAACGUGGUUCCUGCAGGUUGGUGGAAAAAAGCGCCACCACCCGUCAGAGGAAGACCUCUGACCUUUCCUGCUUGGCCUUGGCAGAGUUACCUCUUGGGCUUCCUGAUUGCUUGGACGCCGAUAACUCUUCUCUGUGCAAGCUGCAAGCUCUUGUAUCUGAAUUCGAAUCUUUGGUUGAGCCCCUUGAUCGUGUUAAGAGACUACUGCAUUAUGCGUCAUUCUUGGCCUCCAUGUCCGACUUGGACCGUGUUUCCUCGAACAGGGUUAUGGGGUGCACGGCUCAGGUUUGGCUCAGUGCCAGAAUGGAUGCAGGUGGGAGGAUGCGAUUCUCGGCAGACAGCGACUCUGAGAUCACUAGAGGGUUUUGUGCUUGCUUGGUUCAUAUCCUUGAUGGUGCUUUCCCGGAAGAAGUGCUCAGGAUGAAGACAGAGAAUUUGGGAUCGUUGAAUAUAGGGUUGCCUGGUAGUACAAACUCCAGGGCCAACACCUGGCACAACGUUUUGAUCAGCAUGCAGAAAAAGACCAAGGCAAUUCUGAUGGCCAGAGAAGGGAAGCCUCUUACUGAACCAUUUCCUUCCUUGGUUGUGAACGCGGACGGCAUUCAUGCGAAAGGGAGCUAUGCGGAAGCUCAGGCGAAAUUCUUGUCCCCUGACGAAUCAAAGGUCAAUGAGCUUGUCAGUGUACUAAGCGCAAAGAAAAUUGGAAUUGUUGCACACUUCUACAUGGAUCCAGAAGUACAAGGUGUCUUAACUGCUGCGCAGAAGCAAUGGCCACACAUCCACAUAUCUGAUUCAUUGGUUAUGGCAGACUCUGCUGUGAAGAUGGCUAAAAGUGGAUGUGAGUUCAUCACAGUUCUUGGUGUUGAUUUCAUGUCUGAAAAUGUUCGGGCAAUCCUUGACCAAGCUGGUUUUGAAAAGGUUGGCGUUUACAGGAUGUCAGAUGAAAGGAUUGGUUGUUCCUUAGCUGAUGCUGCCGCUGACCCUGCAUAUAUGCAUUUUCUAGAGGAAGCUUCUACGUUGCCUCCUUCACUGCAUGUUGUCUACAUAAAUACAGCAUUACAGACAAAGGCACAUUCCCAUGAAAUUGUACCAACAAUCACAUGUACUUCUUCCAAUGUUGUACAGACUAUAUUGCAGGCAUUUUCCCAGAUUCCGGAUCUGAAUGUUUGGUAUGGUCCUGAUACCUAUAUGGGAGCCAAUAUAGUGGAGCUGUUGCAUCAAAUGGCUUCAAUGACGGAUGAAGAGAUUGCCCAGAUACACCCCAAACAUGAUAAGAACUCUGUACAUGCAUUAUUACAUCGGCUACACUAUUACAAGGAAGGUGCAUGCAUUGUGCAUGACCUAUUUGGGACUGAAGUUGUAGAGAGAAUUAAAGAAGGCUAUUGUGAUGCAUUCCUGACAGCUCAUUUUGAAGUCCCUGGAGAAAUGUUCUCUUUAGCUAUGGAAGCCAAAAGAAGAGGAAUGGGUGUUGUGGGCUCUACAAAAAACAUACUGGACUUUAUCACAGAACGUGUGAAAGAAGCUUUACACAGGAACGUGGAUGAUCACCUUCAAUUUGUCUUGGGAACAGAGUCAGGCAUGGUAACAUCAAUUGUGGCAGCAGUCCGUAAAUUAUUGGCCUCUCAGAAGUCCUCUGCAAAUAUCAAUGUGGAGAUUGUGUUUCCCGUUUCUUCAGAUUCAGUGUCCAGGACAGAAUCAUUGCCUUCUUCAAAUGGCCUAAGUGCUGGGGAUCUUACUAGUUUGAGUGUUGUUCCUGGUGUGGCAGCUGGAGAGGGCUGCUCUCUUCAUGGUGGUUGUGCUUCCUGCCCAUACAUGAAGAUGAAUUCUCUUACCUCUCUCCUUAGGGUAUGCCAUCUUCUACCUGACAAAGAGAGUAUACUGUCACCAUAUGUAGCAAGUCGGUUUGAUGGACACACGCCUACUGGAAAAUCUGUUGCAGAUCUUGGCUGUGAGCCAAUUUUGCACAUGAGACACUUCCAGGCAAAUGGGCAGCUGCCAGAAACUCUUGUCAAUCAUAUACUCAGUCGAAGAUAGUACGAAUUUGUGAAGCUUUGGAUUGCAAAACUGAGAAGCUGUAUUACAGUGUAAAUGUCAGAAAUGACAAAGUUUCAUGUUUCCGGGUCCAUCGUCUUCAUACGGGACAGUACCUUGGGGGUAUAUUUGCCUGUUUGCACAAUUUUGAACAAGUACACAAGCAACAUCGUGUCACAUGCUCCUAAUCUUGUAGUGUUAUAAAUGCUCAUAUAUAUCUUGAUAAUAAUGGUGGUGAUACAUAUUUGUGACACCAUGCUAGGAAAUGUUGUCAUCGAAUUAUUCUGUUGCGUUUUAUUCUGAACUUCAUGAACAUCCUUGAAUGUUCAGUGGGAACUGAGGUCGGUGAGAACUGAACUUUGUAGUUUCUAUAACAUUUUCUUGUAUCUUGAUGACACAAAAUUAAUACCUGAAUCUCAGCCAAAGGCAAAUUCUGCUUUCCCA